GAUCCACCUAUGGAGUGCCUUCUCUCUCCGACGUGUUUGUCGGCAAUCGAAUUCUCAAGUCCGGCGAAUAUCCAGGAAAGAAGAAGGUUUUGAACCAUGGAUAGCUACUGGCAACUGGGUAAUGAGCUUCGAGGCCAGGCCAGAGCAUCAGAGGAUCACAAAUGGCUGAUGGCUGCAUCGAAGCUGGCUGAGCAAACUAGAUCAAAGGGGGAGCGGAUGAACAACCUUGAUCUCGCCAAAAGCCCAGCCGAGGUUAGGCCAAGCGAGAAAUUCGGGUUUCAGGAAACGAACCUUAACUUCAACAUGCUGAACUUGGACUCUAAGUCCGGGGAAAGCAUGGGCAAAUCUUCUCUGCUAAGUGGUAUUCACAGUAUGAAUGCCAUGUCCCCUAAGAAUAGCGCAAAAUGUUUGGGGAAUCUGAACGUUAACAAGUAUACAGGCAAUGUUGUAACCCACAAAGGGUCCAGCAACAAAAACAACAAUGAUAAUGGCAAUCAGAACUCAGCUGUGGACAAGAGGUUCAAAACCUUGCCUGCAUCUGAGAUACUGCCAAGAAAUGAAGUGCUCGGAGGCUACGUCUUUGUCUGCAACAACGACACGAUGCAGGAAGAUUUGAAGCGUCAACUGUUUGGUUUGCCUCCAAGAUACAGAGACUCUGUCCGGGCGAUAACACCUGGAUUGCCUCUCUUUCUCUACAAUUAUACCACUCACCAGCUACAUGGUAUCUUUGAGGCAACAAGCUUUGGAGGUACAAACAUCGAUCCGACAGCUUGGGAAGACAAAAAGUGCAAAGGAGAGUCGAGAUUUCCAGCUCAGGUUAGAAUCCGGGUCAGAAAUAUUUGCAAAGCAUUGGAGGAGGACGCGUUCCGGCCCGUUCUUCAUCACUAUGAUGGCCCGAAAUUCCGCCUUGAGCUCUCUGUUCCCGAGACGCUUGAUCUGCUGGACCUCUGCGAAAAAGCCGGGUCUCCUUAAGGGCCGAAUGCCACACAGACGGAAGGAUUCUCCCCAUUUUGCAUAAGCUCUUGGGGGUAUGAAUGGAGUGUCCAAUUCGUGUAACUUACGAAGAAGAACGGAGUGUCGGAAUUUUAGGGCAAAGAGAGGCAUUUCCCCCUAAUAAAAAACAGUGUGUGUCUCUGUGUGUGUGUGUGAGAGAGAGAGAGAGAGAGAAUUCUCUUGAAGAAACAUAUUUGUGUAGAAGCAUAUUAUAGAGAGAGAGAGAGAGACAGGACUAGGCAGAGCCACGAGAAUGAAGUGAGCACUGUUUCUGUAAUAAUAUCAAAAGUUAUUUGUGAGGAAAUGAGAGCUUUUUUUUUUUUUUUACAAUAGAGUUCCCCAUGGAAUCCCAUAUGCGAAUUAGUA